ACUUUUAUUUUUUCCAGAUUUGAGAGAGGACUAGAACCAGCAAGCAACAUAUCAAGACACACCAACCAUUGACCUUUGAACUUCUAUGUUUUAAUUAAAAUUUCUGUUGUUUCUGUAACUUAUUCACCCUUUCUUAUUUGGAUGUUUUUUUACCACCCGACUGCUUCAUUGCUGUGAAGUACAAUGGCUCUUGGAGUGCUUAAUUCGCAAGUGAAAAGUUCCCUGAGUGGGAGCGCAUUUUUGGACCGCAGUUCUAUAGAGGAGCAAGAACCUCCACCUCCGCUCCGUAGCUACCUUUGUUUGACUAUUUUCACCUGCUUUUGUCCUGCAUACCCCGUCAACAUUGUGGCCCUGGUCUUCUCUAUCAUGUCUAGAAACAGCUAUUAUCGCGGCGACUAUGACGGGUCGAGACGGCUUGGAAGGAACGCUCUCUACGUUGCUGUUGCCUCCAUCGUCAUCGGCCUUCUCAUCAUCGCCAUCACCUGCAUUGUUCAUCUCACCACUAUGGAUUUUUAGUGCGACAGACGUGGAGAGAGAGGGAGACAAGAAAAUAAGAGACUUAAACAGAAAACUGGACAAUGGUGAGGAUGAUGAUGAUGUCUGAAUAGCCUCGGGACAGUUUGUUCAGACCAUCUGCCAACGAAAGGACUCUGACUUGACUUGUGUUUACUUCCUCUCAGGUUUGCUGUUCUUCAUAUGGACAAUCUGUUAAAUCUGCUGAAUGUAUUUGGUGAUUAAUGUUAACAAUCCUAAAA